GCACCGUCGGGCAGCUCAUCUCUCCGAGACUUUGAACAAGAACAUCCAUCUAGUUCUGCCUUGGAUCUGAACAGAUCUCCAGAUAUCAUGGCCGCACUGGUACAAGGAUAUCCACAGCAAUCUGGGACAGUCACAAUGCUUCAGACCAGACCGGCCUCAGCCUCGGGCAUGCUGCCAGUUCAGUCGAAUGCGCAAUAUGCUCAGGGUGGAGCUCAUAGAAAUAGUAUCCACGGCUUGCCCACAGGAGUGGCUUCUCCUGUGGUGUACCGUGGCGGCUCAGGGUAUGUCCAACCUUAUGCCUACACAGGCACACCCAGCCUUAAUCCGACGACACAAUGGCAACAGGUCAGGUCACACCGGACAUCAUCCUCGCCAGCAGUGCCGACUAUCCAGACGCUGGACUAUCUACAGCCUGGUGUGGCCCGCUCCCGGUACGCGGCCAGCAACUCCAUGACAAACUUGCCUAGUACGGCAUCCAUCAGUUUGACGGGUGCCGGGUCUCGGGAUGAUUCAGCCCUGCCGUCAUCAGGAACACGCAGAGCCGGUGCGCAGGCAUCACAGAUGAACGGAACAUCGCUGUCGCCACCGAUUGCACAGGCGGCGCCGCGGGUGUCACCGGAAAGAUACAGGAGAACUGCGUUGCGGUCUUCUGACUCGGCGGGCUCGGGCCUAGGGAAACAGCCCCAGGAAACGGCAACCGCUGGGCGCCCAGGCCACACUCGGAGUGCAUCGGAUCAAAAGCCUGUGAUGCUGCGGACUCCCCAGUUGCACCAGAUGAACAGGCCAAACAGCUAUAUCGGCUCGGUAUCUGGGUCGGCGAUUGACGACAUGGGGUUUGUCCGCGGUCAGGGACAAGAGGAACCCAGAAGAACUCGCAGACGCAGCUUGCCCGCAUUGGAUUCUGCCGGUUUUUCCACGCCCUUGACCCCGCCCGAGCUUAAGCAGCCGGAACUACCAAGCCGUCCAGAUCGACCAGCAUCGGCCAAGGUGGCCGAAAAGAAGAACAACAACCCCAACAAAGCUGCCAAAGCUGGAAGCAACAAGGCCGGCGACAGAAACAACAGCAGCGCUACUACUGAUGCCCGUCUUGGCAGCUCGGACAGCCGGUCCUCUGGCCGCAGCGCUGGAAGCAACAAUUCCAGAGCUUCCUCUUCUUCGGCCAACCGCAGCGCGAAGGCUUCCAACCCCACCGGAAACCCCGCCCCGUCUUCCUCCUCGCCUUCUGAGCAGACGGGCAACAGCCAAGAUUAUCCCCGGCUGGUCAACAUUCCCCCACGAAGUUCAUCGUCCGAUGCUGCAACUCCGAAGCGUGCCGUCAAUUCGUCUCCCCUUUCCAAGGCAAUGGGCACGGAGACUGAGAAUGGCGUUUCGGCCGAUGCCGCCGACAGCGCGAUUCAGGAGGCCGUGAAGCCGACCACGCCUCGCGUCGAGAGUCCGGCCGCCAGGCAGCUGGCUGCCAUCAACGAGAAUGGAGGGAAGCCAAAAAACAAGACAUCGAGACUUAGGAGAGCCUUCUCCUUUGGUAGCGCGGCAGAGUUCCGGAAAGCGGUACAUGCUAACAGCGAAGCCGCCGAGAAUGGGCCAGGCAAGCUCCAGAAGGAGCAGAGCCAGGAGGAUGCGUACGAGACGGAACAAGCCCGCAUCGCCCAGCGACAAGAAGAGGCUGGCAUCGGCAGCAACAUCUACGGCGGCAGACUCUUCUCGGGAUCGACCGAUAACCUAUCAAUCUCAUCAACGGCAUCCUCGGCUUCGAUUAUGAUUCGGAAGAUGGGUCGUGGAAUGAAGAAGGGCGGUCGUUCCCUUGUCGGCCUUUUCCGGCCCAAGUCCAUCAUUGGUGUGCCGGCCGCCGAUGCCAGGAUGCCCGAGGCCAUGGAAGCUACCGUCUCCAUGGUCAAUGUCGAGGCCGAGCGCGAGCGUGUCAAUGUGAACGCCGACCCUCGAACGCAAGCUGGUGGCGGUACCGGCUUCCCCCGUCUCGAGCGAAAUUCCAUCGACGCCGCCAAUGUACCCACACUCGAAGCGGACCCACGAUCUAGCACAGGCACAGACAGCUCGGCAGCACGAAAGAGCAUUGUUGGCGGUGAGAAGGAACGUGCCGAGGUCUUGGCUGCUGUCCGAAAGGGCAUCUUGAAGAACCGCAAUGGCUCCGCCAGCCCAUCUCCACGCGGUACAGAACCGCCUCAUGCUCCUAACGUCACCGAUUCCCCUACCUCCAGCGCUCCCAGCACCCCCAAUGAUGAGCAGCAAGGACACAGACGGACUGCGCCUGUCGCCAUUGGCAGUGAGGAUUACUUUGUUUCGGCCCUCCGUCUCCGCCAGGACACCAAGAGCGCGCCCGGAACCCCUCAGGGCAGCCUGAAGCGCAACGCCACCUUCAGCCCCCGCAUCAUCACCUUUGAGACAUGGCCGAGCGGGGAGUACGAUCGCCGUGGUGACAUCGCGACGUGCAACCGCCUGACGCCAAUGCUUGCUCAGCAGAUCAAGGAAGAGCUGAACACAUUCAAGAUGGAGAUGGAGGUUCACGAAAACUCCAAGAUUUACACGCAUUUCUUCUAA